AUGGACCUGCCGCGCUGCCCUGCCAGCGUGCCCGCCGCUGGAGGGCCCACCGCGGACAGAGCCGCAGCGGACGGGCCCGCCUCGCAGCGGCAGCUGCAGCGGACGGACCUGCCGCGCAGGCACUCGCUGCACCACUGGUACGCGGGCAUCGGCCGCGCGCGGUCGCACAGCGACCACGCUGCCCAGCAGAUGAGGGCGGUAGCGUCGCCCCCGCGCUGCGGUGCCGACCCGCAGCGCGGAGUGCCCGGGGAGCUGCCGCGCGGAGUGCCAGGGGGCCUGGUGCACGAAGACGCCGACGGCCCUCCCGGCGAGCCGCCGCCUAAUUUCUUCGUGGGCGACUACGACGGCCAGGCGCAGGAGGAGCUGGCCGCCAUCCGCGCCAUCUGCGCCGACUAUCUCGAGGAGCACAUCCUCCCGGUGCUGACCAGCAUGCAGCAGGCGCAGGGCCGGCUCCAAGCCCAGCUGGCGGAGGUGCAGCAGCGGCUCCAGGCCCACCAGCCGGGCGGCGUGCCAGUCGAGGGGGGCACCGGCGAGUCCCCGCUGUGCGGGGGCGAGGCGGCCGCGCUGGCCGGAGACGCGCCGGCCGCUGGUGCAGACUGCGCCGCCGGUGCCGAGGUGCCGGCGCCGCGCAUGCAGCGCCACGAGGCGCCCAGCGGAGAGGCGGAGCACCAGCGCCCGCGCGGGGCCAGGCAGCCGCUGGAGGAGCUGGGGCUCUUGGGCCAGCAGGUGCGGGCGCUGCAGGGCGACGUGCUCCGCGUGGAGGCGCAGGUGGCCGCGCUCCAGCCCGCCCCGCUGGUGCCACGGCUGUUCCAGGCGGACCUCUGCGCCGCCGCGCCCGCCCCCGAGGCUGCGGCGGCCUGCAGCCUCGAGGGCGCGGCCCGGAGCUCGUUCGGGGCCACCCCCGCCUCGUGGCAGGCCGCGCGACCGGCCAGCCGGGAGGUCUUCCAGAGCGGCGGCGAGUUCGGGACCGUCUUCAAGAUCGUACCGGUGGGCGGCACCUCGGGCAGCGAGCCGCAGAAGAGCGUGCAGGAGAUGCGAGUCGAGGCCGCCAUCGCCCAGGAACUGUCCAAGCUGCGGGGCCCUCGCGCGGAGGAGGCGGCCAGCGGCAACGGCUGGUGCCCGUGCCUCUGCGAGUUGCGGGCGUGGGGCCUCUGCCGCGGCGCCUACGGCCCCGAGCUCCUGGCCGCAUGGGACGAGUUCGCGGGGAGCCGCGCGACCGAGAACGACCGACCAGACUGCCAUCCCGAGACGCAAGUGUUCUGCGUGCUCGCCCUCACCCCGGGGGGGCCCGAGCUCGCGGACCCCUCCUGGCGCUUCUCGGGGCCCGAAUGCCGCUCGCUGCUGCUCCAGGUCGCCUUCGCGCUGGCUGUCGGCGAGGCGGCCUGCAACUUUGAGCACCGGGACCUCCACUGGGGCAACGUGCUGGUGCAGCGUCUUCCUGAGGCAGAGGCGGGCGUGGCGGAUGGCGGCUUCGUGCUGCGCGGGGAGCCCUACGAGGUGGAGCGGCAUGGUAUCCCGGGCCCUGAGGGUAGCAUACGCACACACAAACCGCGGAAGUCGGGCGGGGUGCGGUGGGGGAGUCUGGCGCAACCGGAGAAACCGUCCGCGGACUUCCGAAGUUUCUGCAUUCCAGGUAUCCACGUCACGCUCAUCGACUUCAGCCUCAGUCGUCUGUACACUCCCGACGGCAUCAAGUUCUACGACCUGGCAGGCGACCCCGAGGUUUUCAAGGGUCCGGAGGACGACGACCAGUCCGAGACCUACAGGAGGAUGGAGCAGGUGACCAAGGGCAGGUGGGAGGAGUACUGGCCCGAGACCAACGUGCUGUGGCUGCAGCACCUGGCCAAGGUCCUGGCGGACCACCGCGGCGGGCUCUGCUCCCCCGCCGAGCUGCGGGGUCUCGACGACUUCCGCCUCCGCGCGGGCUCGUACGCCUCCGCGCGCCAGUCGCUGAGCGACCCGCUGUUCCAGGACCUGUGCCGCCGGCUGCCUCCCGAGCGGCGGCCCGCGCCGCAGCAGCGCCCCGUGCCGACGCCGACCCGCCCGCCCGUGCAGGACGCCCAGGCGGCCGGCGCUGCGGGCGGCCGCGCGGCGCCGGAGCCGCGCGAGGCCGGGGCCGAGGCACGCAGGGCCCAGAGCCAGCGGGGCAGGGCCUUCCUCGCCUCGCUGGCGCUGAAGAAGGGUGGCGGCGGGCGCGGCGGUGGCGGGGCGGCCGCCUCCCGCGGCGCCCCCCUCGGCGGGAGCACGGGCUCCGAGCCAGCAGGCGCGGCCGGGGCGAGCUGCGCGCAGGGCCGCUGCGACGCGCACGCCACGGGGGCGAGCGCGAGGAGCGGCGGGAAGGAGUUGGUGGCCGAGGGGGCCAGCGUUGAGGCUAUCGCUGCCGCUGCGUGCGCCGCCGAGCAGGCGGACGUGGGCGCCGCGAGGCGCGCUGAGGGCCCUGGGAGCGACGCGGCAGCUGUGCGGCUGGCUCCGGGGGCGGGCACAGCAGCAGCGGGUACCGCGAGGCCUGCAGGAGACUCUGCAGGGAGCGACGCGGCAGCUGUACGGCUGGCUCAGGCUUCAGCUGCAGCGCCUCCGGGGCGGGCUGGCAACGCCAGAGCGGGCGCCGCGAUGCUCACGCAGGCCUCAGGGACCAACGAGCCGAUUGCCCGAGACCCGGGUCUGUGCAGCGCUGCAGUGGAUGCCGCGAUGCGCGCAGGGGGCCCUGGGAGAGCCACGGCAGCUGUGCGGCUGGCUCCUCUGGCGGCUUCAGCUGCAGCGCCUUCGAUGCGGGCUCGCGACGCUGGGGAGGGCGCCGCGAAACGCGCGAAGGGAUCAGUGAGCGACGAUGUGAGCAAGGGACUGCCUCGCGACGCGGCCCAUGUCGCGGCCACAGUCGCCCAGCAGGCUAGCAACGCCCCUGUGUGUGCCGCGAGGCGCGGAGAGGGCCCCAGGAGCCACGCAGCAGCCGUGCGGCCAGCUCCUGAAGCGGCCACGGCUACAGCAUCAGCACCUGAGAGGGCUUGCGACGCUUGGGAGGUUCACGUGAAGCGCACAACGGGCCCGGCGAACGACAAGGUGAGAAAACGGCUGGCUCGCGAGGUGGCCGCAGCC